UGCAGUGUGUAUAAUAGCAGCUAGGGAAGCUCUGGGUGUCUAGGAGGAGCUGCGGCAAGGUCGAAAACAGCAUCCUGCUUAGGACAACGGACAGACCAGAGGUGGACGGGAUUAAGUCCGGUGGCCGUGAGCGAGCGAGAGUAACCGGCUUUUGGAUUUAGAUUUACUGCCACGGAAGAAGAAGAAGAAGAAGAAGAGGAGCGUGGCUGAAGGUUUCCAGCCUGUAGCCUCAUGUUCCGAGACAGCUAACGAGCUAUCCUUCACUACUACCGCUCUCAGCACGUCGGGCUGCUAGAGCCUUUUCUGACCCCGACAGAGCAGCGUGGUCCUCCCCGAACAGCUAGUUGUGGAUUUGUCACCGCACACCUCAGGGCUUCUGAACUUCCUCCAGUGAGUUCUGCGGGCCAUAGCGUGGCUUUUCCCCGCGCGGUUCCACGUUCAUUUGUGUUUUUUGUGCUAUGUCAGCGCCAUCCCCAACGCCUUCCGCCCCGGCGGAGAGCGCCGCGACAGAAAAUGAUUUUCUAGCCCCUGAUGCGGGUCUGAAACCGCCCGGUCCGACGCCCAGCCAGAGCCGGUUCCAGGUGGACCUUGUGGCUGAGGCAGCGGGAGCCACAGAAGAUAAGUCCCCGAGCUCCGACGCCUCCACCACCGUCCCAUCCAGCGACAAGGCGACUCCCACCGCUCCCUCAGAUGGCCCGUGUUCCGAUCCAGGGGUCGGCGGGGAAGAAGCCAAAGGCCGGUUUCGGGUCGUGAACUUCGCGGAUCCGAGCGGAGCGGGUAGCGCGGCCUCUCCGGAGGGGCCGGCUGAUGGGCUACAGAACGGGGACACGGUGAUGAGCGAGACCAGCUUGCAUUCAUCCACAGGGGGCCAGCAUCACUAUCACUAUGACACCCACACCAACACCUAUUACCUGAGGACUUUUGGCCACAACACCAUUGAUGCCGUGCCCAACAUCGAUUUCUACCGGCAGACGGCGGCCCCGCUGGGGGAGAAGCUCAUCAGACCCACCCUGUCGGAGCUGCACGACGAGCUGGACAAGGAACCGUUUGAGGAUGGGUUUGCCAAUGGCGAUGAGUUGACCCCGGCUGAGGAGGCUGCUGCUAAAGAAUCAGCAGAGUCCAAAGGAGUGGUCAAGUUUGGCUGGGUCAAGGGUGUGCUGGUUCGAUGCAUGUUGAACAUUUGGGGUGUGAUGCUCUUCAUCCGCAUGUCAUGGAUCGUGGGUCAGUCUGGAAUUGCUCUCUCCUGUUUGAUCGUUGCAAUGGCUAUCGUAGUGACGACCAUCACCGGCCUCUCCACCUCCGCCAUCGCCACCUAACGGAUGUCCGUAAGAGGAGGUGGAGCAUAUUACUUGAUUUCGAGGAGUCUGGGCCCAGAGUUUGGAGGCUCUAUUGGUCUGAUCUUCGCCUUCGCCAAUGCAGUGGCUGUAGCCAUGUAUGUGGUGGGCUUUGCUGAAACAGUUGUGGAACUUCUUGCCAGUGUAGAUGCUGUUAUGACGGAUGAAAUCAAUGAUAUCCGAAUCAUCGGCACCAUCACAGUAAUCCUGCUCCUGGGCAUCUCUGUAGCCGGAAUGGAAUGGGAGGCCAAGGCUCAGAUCUUCUUGCUCGUUGUCCUCAUCACAGCCAUCAUCAACUACUUCAUCGGAACCUUCAUUUCUGUUGAGUCCAAGGAACCUUUUGGCUACUUUGGCUAUGAUGGUUCAAUCAUGUGGGAAAACAUGGGUCCGGACUUUCGAGGAGAAACGUUCUUCUCAGUCUUUGCCAUCUUCUUCCCUGCUGCCACUGGUAUUCUGGCUGGGGCCAACAUUUCAGGAGACCUUGCUGACCCACAGCAGGCCAUUCCAAGAGGAACCCUUCUGGCUAUUUUGAUCACAGGAAUAGUCUACCUGGGUGUUGCUGUUUCAACAGGCUCCUGUAUUGUGAGAGAUGCCAGUGGACAUGUUAAUGACACAGUCAGCUCACAGUUCAAGGCCAAUUGCACUGAUGCUGCAUGCAAUUUUGGCUAUGACUUCUCUACCUGCAAGAGUGAAAACAACUGCCGCUAUGGACUCCACAAGGACUUCCAGGUGAUGAGCCUGGUUUCUGGUUUUGGGCCCAUCAUCACUGCUGGUAUCUUCUCAGCCACUCUGUCCUCAGCUCUGGCCUCUUUAGUCAGUGCACCAAAGGUUUUCCAGGCUUUAUGUAAGGACAACAUUUACCCCGGCCUCGGCAUGUUUGCCAAAGGCUACGGCAAAAACAACGAGCCCCUCCGAGGCUACAUCCUGACAUUCGUUAUCGCUCUGGCCUUCAUCCUCAUCGCCGAGUUGAACGUAAUUGCCCCCAUCAUCUCCAACUUUUUCUUGGCGUCCUAUGCCUUGAUCAACUUUUCCGUGUUCCAUGCAUCACUGGCUAACUCACCAGGGUGGCGUCCCAGCUUCAAAUACUACAACAUGUGGGUUUCUCUCGCUGGAGCUAUACUGUGCUGUGUGGUGAUGUUUGUUAUCAACUGGUGGGCUGCACUGCUCACCAACGUCAUUGUCCUGGGGCUUUUUAUAUACGUCAGCUACAAGAAGCCAGAUGUGAACUGGGGCUCAUCAACCCAGGCUCUGACCUACCACCAGGCCCUGACCCACACUCUGCACCUCAGCGGCGUGGAGGAUCAUGUCAAGAACUUCAGACCCCAGUGUUUGGUGAUGACUGGGUACCCCAACUCUCGUCCGGCUCUCCUGGACCUGGUUCACAGCUUCACCAAGAACGUAGGCCUGAUGAUGUGCGGUCAUGUUCGCACGGUGAGCUCAUACUCUGUUAUUGUUUUUCUUCUUGUCUUUUGUGUAUUAUAAAGUUGCUCUAAAAUAACAAACAAAUACUCCAAUUACUUUCAGACAGUAAUUAACCCUAUUAUUAGGGAUAUCAAUAUGAAACUAUAA